AUGAGGAGGAAAGAUAUACCAUUAGUCCAAAGAAGAGCAGAGACAAAGCAUAAGCAAGAUGAGCGGAAACACAAAAUGCCACUCAAUACCAACUUUAAUAGGAGGAAUGAAAUGCACAGUAGAAAUAAAGAUAGGGAAAUUGACAAGACAUCUGAAAGAAGAUCGGAGGAAGAAUAUGUGGAGACCCCUACAGGAGGUAACACAGUAACGGUCCAAGCUGAGGUACAUAAUACCACAAGAGAGGCGGUUUUUUUAGGAAGGAACACCAGAGAAAUAACCACAUGGUUUCAUCCGAUGACACCAAGAAGGUCCAAAAGAAAAGAGUUAAACCUAGAAGAAAUAGAGGAGGAAGAAGAACAAGGGAUAAGCAAGAAAAAGACCAAGAAGAGCACCCAGUAG